AUGUUUGCUGUGUGUUCUUUGAGCAGGUACAUGGAGGCUCCCACGAGGCAACAUCUACUAGCAGCCAAAAGGGUUCUAAGAUAUUUGAAAGGAACUCAGGGCUAUGGUAUCUGGUACAAGCAAGGAAGUGGAGAAGACUCUCUGAUGGGCUUCACAGACAGUGAUUAUGCAGGAGACUCUGAUGAUAGGAAGAGCACUAGUGGGUACAUUUACUUUCUUGCAGGAGGGGCAGUGUCCUGGGCUUCCAAAAAGCAGCCUGUUGUCACUUUGUCCACCACAGAAGCAGAAUUUGUGGCUGCUGCAUACUGUGCUGCUCAAGGGGUGUGGCUAAGAAGAAUUCUUGCUGACAUUGGAUGGAAGUCAAGUGUGGAGAAAGGGACUGUCAUCAUGUGUGAUAACAGCUCUACAAUUAAGCUGUCCAAGAACCCUGUUCUCCAUGGAAGAAGCAAACACAUCGAUGUUAUAUUUCAUUUUUUAAGGGAGCUGGUCAGAGACGAGGUUGUGGAGCUCAGGUACUAUGGCAAUAAGGAUCAGGUGGCUGAUAUAAUGACAAAGGGUCUGUCCUUGGAGGCAUUCUGCAGGUUAAGGGAGGAACUUGGUGUUUGUGAUGUUUCUGGAGCUGAAGUUAAGUGA